UUCGUAGUUAUGAAAGCGAGGCCAUCCACUGUUGAGAAGUCUCAAGAAAAGAAUUUGCAGGACAGAAACGGAUUUACGGUCCAUAUUUGGCAAGACGUCUGCCCCAUUAUGACCUUGCCGUCCUCGGCAACAAAAACAAGUAACGUGGAAGGGUGGAAUCAAGAAUUUUCCGGUGAAUUUCUUCGACGCCACUUUGGUCACCGCCCAGGACCCUUUGAGUCCAUCCUACUUCUGUGGGAUGAUUUCAAUGGGCACCAGACGGAACAAGUGCGGCGGUACGCGACCACGAUCAAGGUACUGCUACUGGGGAUGCCUUCAAAGGCAACGUCGGUUUACCAACCGGCUGACAUCGCCUAG